AUGCCUCUUUUCAGGGAUACAUACGCGGAGAAUAUGCAGCGAGAUUCCACCGAAGCCCAAAGACUCGACGAGCAAUUUGAUCUUCUCACCGAAAACAUCGGCUAUCUGCUGCACCCGUCCGUUCGAGCCAAAAUGCAUCCCCACGCGCGCGUUGCCGACAUUGCCACGGGCACUGCAGCCUUCCUGCGCGACCUGGCCCAUGACUGGCCCGAUGCAAUCCUACACGGCUAUGACAUCUCAACUUCUCUCUAUCCACCCUCCAGAACACUUCCAAAAAACGUCAAUCUGUACCUUCUCGACGCCCGCAGGGAUGUUCCUGUCAGCCUGUACGGACAAUAUGAUAUCGUGCACGUUCGGCUUAUUGCUGCUGGCCUGACAGCGUCCGAAUGGGGCAGAACUAUUCGAAAUCUUUCUAGGCUCCUAAAGCCCGGGGGUGCUAUGCAGUGGGAAGAGUGCGACUUUACUAACGUUCGCCAUCUCCCCGGUCGACCUGAAUCUACGACUGACGCUGCCAGUACCAUGGGAGUGAUGUACAUGACUGCCAUGAAACCCCGCUUCGACUAUGGCUGGAAUCGACUGGCGAUUGAGAUGCGCAAUGCGGGUCUUCUAGAUGUCCACACUGAAGCUGUUUCCGCAGGUCGGGUGUAUGAUACGCGAGCACGCUUGACUGCAAAUGGGAUGAGGGCUAUGUUUGCAUGGGCACGUCUUCAUUCUGCUAGAGGGACGCAGGGAGCACUGACUAUGCACCAGAUUGAUGAUCUGGAGCAGAAGGCUUAUGCAGAUAUUCAAUCUGGUUGUUAUGUCACGUAUGACAUCCACGUUGCCUGGGGAUUCCGGCCCGAGUAA